GAGCAGCUGGGUGCACAAGCCACGCCCCUGGUGCGCUCCCCCACGGCGCUCACACCUACGCUCCCAAAGCAGUGAGGCUGGGGGAAAAUGCUGGGGGCUGGGCAGGGCGGAGCACAAAGGAAACCCGCCCCUGAUCCCACCCUCAGCAGAGAUUGGCAGGGCUCGGGCACCCGUCCCAACCAAUGGGCGCGUUCCGGGGCGGGCCUGGAAAACGGCUGUUCAGGCGAUUUAAGAGUCGUCGGCGCGGCUGUGGAAAGCCGUGUGGAGCCAGGACUUGCCAGGUGGAGCAGACGCCCGAGCCAGCGUAGACACGGAGCGCACCCGCACCUCUCUGGGCACCUCACCGCACUGCUUGCCUCCGGGUAGAUCUGAACCGCAGUCUCACGCGCCGCCAGGACCCACUCGCCGCUGCCGCCUCCACAGCACCCAUGGGGACCUGGAGACUUUAAAAGGAGUUUGGGGUUUCCGGGAGCAGGGAAAUCACGGAUCUCAGUUCCUGGCCCUGGCCUCGCCGCGUCAUUGAUGGGCAACCAACUGGACCGCAUCACCCACCUCAACUACAGCGAGUUGCCCACUGGGGACCCAUCUGGGAUUGAGAAGGACGAGCUGCGGGUCGGGGUUGCCUACUUCUUCUCGGAUGAGGAGGAGGACCUGGACGAACGCGGGCAGCCGGACAAGUUUGGUGUGAAGGGCCCCCCAGGUUGCAGCCCCUGCCCAGAGAGCCCCAGCCGCCACCACCACCACCUGCUGCACCAGCUCGUCCUCAACGAGACUCAGUUCUCCGCCUUCCGGGGCCAGGAAUGCAUCUUUUCCAAAGUAACCGGCGGCCCUCAGGGCGCCGACUUGAGUGUCUACGCGGUCACCGCGCUGCCCGCGAUCUGCGAGCCGGGCGACCUGCUGGAGCUGCUGUGGUUACAGCCCGCGACCGAGCAGCCCGCGCCCGCCCCGCACUGGGCCGUCUACGUGGGCGGCGGGCAGAUCAUCCACCUGCACCAAGGCGAGAUCCGCCAGGACAGCCUGUACCAGGCGGGCGCGGCCAACGUGGGCCGGGUGGUGAAUAGCUGGUACCGCUACCGCCCGCUGGUGGCCGAGCUGGUGGUGCAGAACGCCUGCGGCCACCUGGGCCUCAAGAGCGAGGAGAUCUGCUGGACGAACUCCGAGAGCUUCGCUGCCUGGUGCCGCUUUGGAAAGCGCGAGUUCAAGGCUGGCGGGGAGGUCCCCGCAGGCACACCACCCCCGCAGCAGCAGUAUUAUCUCAAGGUGCAUCUGGAGGAGAACAAAGUCCACACGGCCCGUUUCCACAGCCUGGAGGACCUCAUCCGCGAGAAGCGCCGCAUAGACGCCAGUGGCCGCCUGCGAGUGCUGCAGGAGCUUGAGGACUUCGUGGACGACAAGGAGUAACCCCAGAGCAGCAGCCCUCCGCGCUUCUUCUCACGCCCGGAGCUCCUUUCCUGUCCCGCAGCUCUGCACCCCACACCCCCUAGCGCGCCCGCCCAGGGCCAGCGGCUGGAAGCUUCAGGAACUCACACCGGCACCGGGCGGGCGCAGCUACGCGCGCCCCUAAGACAACCCUUAGUGUUAGUGACCAUGCCGGGGUUACCCAGCCUGCGCCUUGGCCCUGGGUUGUGACGGGGAAACGGGGAGUGGGUAAAGGGGAGCAAGGACACGACCUUUCCCGCGAGCCAAUGGUCAGUGACUCUUCACCAGACAGGGCAAAUACCCUUUAGUGAGAGGGGACAGUCACCACCACCCCCAGACGCUCACACACAGAUCAGUCAGAGGUGAGAAUUGUUCCUUGCAGGGCACAGUUCAACUCCGGAAUGAAUGUGUCCCCGAUCUCAGAAUUCCCAUGAAAUCGAGCCUGUCCUGUGUACUUGGGAGCACUUCGGGGGACUACAGGUUACCCUGAGGCUGCCAAGGACUGUCUCACAGCUCUCCAACCCAGGGUCUCCUAACAAUGCAUUCCAGGCUCCGGGCUGAGCUAGAUAGGUUUGACUUCCCUACUUGCACAGCUGGAAGCAGACGCCAUCCCGGGACUGACGGACCUCUCCGCAGAAGAGGAAGCCUUCUGGGUCCCCGGAGGAAAAUGGCGCAGCACCUCUUAAGAGUGAGGAGGGACCGCCCGCUCCGGAAAAGGAGCUAAUUCACCUGGUGUGUGGGCACUUGAAUGUAGGAAGGAGAAGGCGGCUUUUUGCUCGGAGCAAUCCCUUGAUUGCUUCCCUCCUCGCUCUGCAUUUCAGAGAGUCCUGUUUUCCAAGGGACUGGAGGAGAAGAAGGCAGGGAGGAUCUACAACAUUCCAGAAACCAGCAUUAGGACAGCCUAGCCAGUGUCUUUAGUUUGGCUUUUCCUAAUUAGAAGAAGAUCUUAGAAGGCAGGGGGGGAGGCGGAGAUUGUUUUUUUUUUUUAAAACGAAACAGCAGUUUUCCAACGAUGUCAACAAAGCCUACAGUGUCGAUGAUGCUUCUCUUGAUCAUAUUUAGCAACAUGCUAAUGAAAUUUCAAAUUGAAAUUUUUAUUUUCAUGGCUUUAAUCCAUGAUAGCUUAAAUACUGGGGGCCAUUAGGAGUGGAAUUUAGCUAAGAGUUUAGCUGACAUUGCCUUUCACUCUGGUUUUUCUCAACUCUUAUGAGAAUUCUGUUUGGGGACAUUAUAAUCAUUUACUUUUUUUUUUUUUUUUUCCUGGCUUUACAAAGUAGCCCUGUGGUGGUGGAGCUGUUUGUUAAUGUGUAUAUUGUACUGAAUUUUUGUCAGUUCAAGGGUCUGCUGCUUUGGUGAUUGCUAGCAAGUUCCAGGGGGGUUCUUUUCUCCAUGUUGUAUGUCAUCAUCAUCAUCAUCAUCAUCAUCAUCAUCUUUGCAUCUCCUCUGUCAUCACCUCUCGAUCCCCUUCAAAAGGAAUCUAGAGUUGAUGGGCUUUAGGGACCACUUCCGUAGCCUAUCCUGCUGUUUUUCUGAGAAGAAAGAAGCACUCUUAGAAUCAGCACAGAAUGUGUGUCUUUCAAAACAUGGUUACCUGAAGCUCCUUCCUGUGGGCAAGAGUCUGUGGAUUUUCUCCAAGGGAUACAGCCGCAGCCUAACUGGUCUUUACUUGAUUCUAUGUGCUAGACACACCUGAGGACACAUAUAGUCUCUCGGGGGGGAGUUUGUCAAAUAAUGGUGUUUAGCUAAUGGUUAUGAGCAAUUGCAUACCGACAGCUCUGAUUUAGUUGAACAGCAAAAACUAGGUCCAAAGCCAGUUUCUUGGCAUUUGAAAAUAAGGCAAUAAAAACUAGAGGAAGUUAGCUGACAGGGAAAUGCCUUUUCCAUGGUUUAAGUGGUUUGUUUCUGUUUUGUGGGGAUUUUUGUUGUUUUAAUUUUGUUCCAUUUUGUUUUCAUGCUGGAUUCAUUCUCUGAUCUUGAGUCAAAAGGUCAAAUCAAUGAAAUAUGAACUAAAGUAUUUUUCUGAAGCCAAUUAAUUGAGUGAUUUAUUUUUUAAAACUGUUUAUGUUUUUCUUUCAGCACACACAACAGCAAAACUUUUCGUAACAACUAAACUUAACCUUUGCAUGUACGGAGAACUGAAAGUCAUUUGUUUCCUCUAACUUAGUCUUUUGGCAAAUGACAGAUCGAUGACCAUAAACAGAAAUUCCUUAUUGUGUCUACACACGCCAUAUCCUUUCCUGUGUCCUGCUACUGUAUCUUGGCUCCCUGCUGAAUUAAACACCAUCCUAAGCACUUGCUCCAAUGGGACUCCUUCUUGACAUUGUGUCUUCCACCUGUUGGUGAGUGGACAGGAGAAAUGCAUCAGUCUAUAUCAGACCCCAGACUGAGUUAGUUCUCUGAUGAGAGUUAUGUGCCAUGCCAACAGGGGACUGGUUCAUAGUUUGAUACUUGCUGAAACUUGAUGGCAAUGUUAACAGGAGUGGGAGAUUUAUCUACCAAGGACUGGGUGGAUGAUAAUAGUUUUACAAAUUCACAAUAAUAAAACACUGAUCAAAAAAGGAA